AUGGCUUCCGUGAUUAAAAUCCCCUGCUCUUCCGCCAACAUUGGCCCGGGCUUCGAUGUGAUCGGCUUGGCCCUAUCUCUCCACCUGGAGGUCCACGUCACCAUUGAGAAAGAGCCCUCAUCUCAACACCCCUUCAACUGCGCCAUCACCUAUGAGGACCAGAGCAAGAGUGUUGAGAAGAUCAGUCUUGACCCUGAAGUCAACCUGAUUACCCGUGUAGCCCUGUAUGUGCUCAGAUGUCACAGCCAGCGUUCGUUCCCCGCCGGGACCAAGGUGCACAUCGUCAACCCUAUCCCAUUAGGGCGCGGUCUUGGUUCCUCCGGUACCGCCGUUGUCGCCGGUGUGAUGCUGGGUAACGAGGUUGGAAAGUUGGGUUUGAGCAAGGAGCGUCUCCUUGAUUAUUGUCUCAUGAUUGAGCGACACCCUGAUAACGUGGCUGCUUCCCUGUUCGGUGGCUUUGUCGGUACUUAUCUGAAUGAAUUGAAGCCCGAAGAUGUGGCCCGCAAAGAGAUCCCGCUCAGUGAGGUCUUGCCCGCUCCUGCAGGUGGUACCCCCGAGCCACCUAUGGCCAUUGGCCACUACCGCAAGUUCAACUGGGCCCCUGAAAUCAAGGCCAUUGCCAUCAUUCCUGAUUUCGUGGUCCCCACUGCCAACGCCCGCAACGUUCUCCCAGAGACCUACUCAAGGGCGGAUGUGGUUUUCAACCUCCAGCGCGCGGCCUUGCUCCCCGCCGCUCUGGGCAGCUCUCCCCCAGAUCCCGACACGAUCUUCCUUGCCAUGCAAGACAAGGUGCACCAGCCGUACCGCAAGACCCUGAUCCCUGGUCUGACAGAGAUUCUCCAAUUCAUGACCCCGCAAACGCAGCCCGGUCUUCUGGGAAUCUGUCUUUCCGGCGCUGGACCUACUAUCCUGGCUCUGGCCACCGAGCGCUUCGACGAGAUUGCUGACCGCAUCAUCGCUCAGUUCGCUUCUAACAACAUUACCUGCCAAUGGAAGUUGCUGGAGCCCGCUCAGGACGGUGCCACAGUGACUUAUAUUUAA